CCCUCACUUCUCAUCUCCUCUACUCAUCACAAACUCUCACCAUCUCUCUCUCUCACACUAAAAACACACACACUAACAUCCUCUGUCACUCUCUCUGAGAAAAGAAGAAAAAGGGCAAUGGCCAAGGACAUUGAGGUGGGCGGCGGGUUCGCAUCGAAGGACUACCAAGAUCCACCACCGGCUCCGCUUGUUGACGGCGAGGAACUGACCCAAUGGUCCUUCUACAGGGCCAUCAUUGCCGAGUUCAUUGCCACACUCUUGUUCCUCUACAUUACUGUUCUGACUGUUAUUGGGUACAAGAGCCAGACUGACCCAACCAAGACUACCGAUCAGUGUGGCGGCGUUGGCAUUCUCGGCAUCGCUUGGGCUUUUGGUGGCAUGAUCUUCGUCCUUGUUUACUGCACUGCCGGCAUCUCUGGUGGUCAUAUUAACCCUGCGGUGACAUUCGGGCUGUUCUUGGCACGAAAGGUGUCAUUGGUCCGAGCCGUGAUGUACAUGGUGGCUCAGUGUUUGGGGGCCAUAUGUGGUUGUGGGUUGGUGAAGGCGUUCCAGAAGACUUACUAUGUUGGAUACGGUGGUGGAGCCAACGAACUCGCUGAUGGGUACAGCACUGGCACUGGUCUGGGAGCUGAGAUCAUCGGCACCUUCGUCCUUGUUUACACCGUCUUCUCUGCCACCGAUCCUAAGAGGAAUGCACGAGAUUCCCAUGUUCCUGUCCUAGCACCACUUCCUAUCGGAUUCGCGGUGUUCAUGGUUCAUUUGGCCACCAUCCCAGUCACCGGCACCGGUAUCAACCCAGCUCGAAGCUUUGGAGCUGCUGUGAUCUAUGGACAGCAAAAAGCUUGGGAUGAUCAAUGGAUCUUCUGGGUUGGACCAUUCAUCGGUGCUGCCAUCGCCGCCUUCUACCACCAGUACAUUUUGAGAGCAGGAGCAGUUAAAGCUCUGGGAUCCUUCAGGAGCACUGCCUAAUAUAUGCAUUAAUUAGUUGCUGUGGGAAUGUUUGAGGAUUGGAAUAAAUGUGUAUGGUCAGACAAUACUUUCGACCUUUAGAAAAAGUUGUAUAUAAAGUAUUGGACCAUUGGUCCAUCAGGAGGCUGUGAAUUGUGUGUGCAUUAUGGGCCUUGGCACUUGUUUUAAGUGUGUGCCAAAGAAGUUGUCUAUGCUGUGUUUUCCUUUCCUUUCCUUUUCUUUUUCUCUUUCUUUUUCUUUUUCUUUUCCUUUUCCUUUCUAUUCUCUCCUCUUGCUGUUUUAAGCAAUUAAUAUAAUAUAGCAACUUUUAUCUUA